GUUACGGAGCCCUGGUACACGUGCAUGUAAGCACUUGUAACACAUCCCCGUCUACAAAUGAAAACACACAUUGCCGUCAGUAUGCAGAACGUGUUUACUUUUCAACGAACCCAUUGGAGUUAUAUGAAUGCAUACACACAUACGGACUUAUAAGCAUCUUUUAAAGUAUACAUGCCGGGCAUGUAAGUAUUACGUUGUACGCAUUGGAGUUCAUUGUCGAACGAGGACACGGACGCAAGGAGCGUUGUUGUGGAAUAUUUGUGUGUCACUGUGUCGCGUGGGGUUGAACGCCCGCAUGGUUCGUCGGUACGGCAAAUUACCGACAAACUAGUCCGGGCCGGGAGUCCCGGGGGUCCCCAAGCCGAUCAAGGUUACCUUCGCGCAAAGGCGAAACAAUGUGAGAAACUUGGACGCUGGGUCGUCGGCCGCAUCCCCGGACAGGUUUGCAAAUGAAAUGUGCGGCCAGUGCUAUUGGGCGCUCGGACACGAAAAAAGAGACGAAAAUAACACUCUCGCCUGGCGAGUUAUCAAUACGCGGUGAGGGCGCGGGGAGGGCGGUGGGCGGUGGGCAAUUCAAAGGUAAAGGGCAGAAAAGGACAGAAAAGGACACGCUGACGGAUGAUAAGAUGCGAGCGCAAGAGAUGGGAAACAGGGAGGAAGGGGUCAGAUUUACAUACCGACCAGAUCGGAUUGCUUUCCUUGUUAUUUUAUUUGCCAAAGUCACGCAGAGGCGCCCGACCGAUGCACCCAAACACCCGAGACGAGUUCGGCCGGGGAUGUAACACAUAUUUAGCCGGGGGCGGGGCGAGCCUCGCCGCAGUCCAGCUCCAGCCCCAGCAGCGCGCGCACACGACCCUCGCACUCUCUCUCGCCGUGGGCCGAGACCGUCUUGGAGAACAAGGAGAGUGUGUACUGAACACUGAAAUGGCAGCCGGGCAGAUCCAAUUGUUCGCCAUCCUUUUGGUAGCUGCGCUGGAAUUUGGCGAUGCCGUGAAGCACCUACCGCCCUACAUCUCUUCUUGCUCACGAACUGACCCUAAACUAAACGAGUGCAUCCUGAAAAACGCAAGAAAUGCCAUUCCUAAAAUGAUCAAUGGCGAGCCAAAGUAUCGAGUUCCUAAUCUGAACCCAUUGGUGAUCCCCGAGCUGAGACUGCGCCAGGGUACUGAGGCCGUGGGUCUGAAGCUGGCAUGGAAAGAUGCUGCACUUCAUGGUUUGCCGAGCGCCGAUCUUCAGUCUUGUGAAGCGAGCGUGACAAAAAGACACUUGAAACUCAAUUUCUUCGUUCCGAAGAUGAGUAUAACUGGCACUUAUACGGCUUCAGGGCGAGUGCUCCUUCUUCCCGUGACGGGGACGGGACCCUCCAAUAUUACAGUCCAUAACAUGAAAGCCAGCUACGACAUAAGCUGGAAUCUUGUGAAGAGAUCCAAUGGAAAAGAAUAUUUAGACCUCAUUGAUCCCAAAAUCACCCUCCAUGACAUAGGUUUCAUGUCACUGAAGUUUGACAAUCUCUUCAAUGGUGAUCGUCUUCUCGGGGGAAACCUUAAUACCUUCUUCAAUGAAAACUGGAAGGACCUGGCGAAGGAGUUCGGCCCUGGCGUUGCUGAUGCUAUCGGCGAAGUCUUCCAGCUCGUUUUCAAAAAUGUAUGUGACAUCGUUCCUUAUGAUCUUGUUUUCAAACCUUAACAUAGCAAGUUUGUUGCGUUUCAAAAUGAUUGAUUAUCUCCGGGCCCUGAGUAAAUUACAGGUUAUUUUAGUUCACUCAUAACUGAAUAUAACGAUAAUUUCGCCCUAUUACAUGUAACCUGCAUUAUCGCUUUGCUUCAUGUACAUAUUGUUGACCUCAAUGUAAAGUAAGGAAAAAAACGUAUAAAAAACAAUAAAUCCAAAGACAGUUAAAA